AGCGGCAGCUCGUACUGCGAGCAGGUGAGUCGGCCUCUCCAGUUCCUGCCGGCGGUGUGUAUCCGUCUGCGCCAGGGGCUCAGACCGAGGGCCGGGGAGGAGAGGGGAGCAUCACAGGAGCUCCAGGUGGGGUCCGCUGCCCAGGGCUCCCAAGACCCGCGCUGGACGCUGGUCCCAGCCCUCGAGUCUGCUCCCAUCCAGGCUUUUGGCCUGUGGGAAUCCCCGUGGGGCCCCAGCUGGGCCUCAAUGGAGCUCCUGCCACCGCACUUGCAGUCUCCCCUGUUUCUGCUGCUCUUGCUGCUGCCGCCGGCGGUGCCUGAGGCUGGCAGGUCCUGUCAGUGCCCGAGCAUCCCCUACGCUGCCUCCCGUGACUUUGGCGUGAGGUACACGGUGCCCAGCUUCUCGGCUGGCGGGCCAGUACAGGCCCUGGCGACCUAUGAUGGGGGCGAGGAUGGAAGUGCGGUGUUCGUGGCCACGCGCAAUCGCUUGUACAUGCUUGGGCCAGACCUGCAGUUCCUUGAGAGCCUGACCACAGGACCUGCUGGGGACCCUGACUGCCAAACGUGUGCAGCCUGCGGCCCGGGCCCCCACGGCCCGCCGGGGGACACAGACACACAGGUGCUGGUGCUGGAACCAGGACUGCCGGCCCUGAUCAGCUGUGGCUCAAGCCUGCACGGCCGCUGCUUCCAGCAUGAGCUAGAGUCCAACGGAACCACCCUGCACUUGGCACCACCAGCCUGCCUCUUCUCCACGCGCCACAACCGGCCUGAAGACUGCCCCGACUGCGUGGCCAGCCCUCUGGGCACCCUCGUGACCGUGGUUGAGCAGGGCCACGCUGCUUACCUCUAUGUGGCAUCUUCUCUGGACGCGGAGGUAGCCUCGAGCUUCAGCCCACACUCAGUGUCCAUCCGGCGCCUCAAGGCGGACGCAUCAGGAUUCGCACCAGACUUUGAGGCGCUGUCGGUGCUGCCCCGGUACCUCCCUUCCUACCGCAUCGAGUACGUGUACAGCUUCCACUCGGGAGCCUUCGUCUAUUUCCUGACCGUGCAGCUGGCUAGCUUGGCCGCUGCUUCUGGCACCCUGCACACGCGCCUGGCCCGCCUCAGCGCAGUCGACACCGAUAUGGGCAACUACCGUGAGCUGGUUCUGGAUUGCCAUUUUGAGCCUAAACGCCGGCGACGCGGGGCUUCUGGGGCUGGGCAGCCAUAUCCAGUACUGCGGGCAGCACACACAGCUCCUGUGGGCAGCCGGCUGGCCGCUGAGCUGAGCGUAGCUGAGGGCCAGGAAGUGCUCUUUGGGGUCUUCGUGGCCAUCAGAGACAGCAGCCCGGGCGGCAGUCCCAAAUCUGUCGUCUGUGCCUUCCCCGUCGAUCUGGUGAACAAACUCAUCGAGGACGGCGAGGAACGCUGCUGUGAGCCGCCCGUGCACCCAGGCCUCCGGAGAGACCUCGACUUCUUCCAGGCCCCCAGUUUGUGCCCCAACCCGCCUGGCCUGGCGUCCCUCAGCCCCAACACCAGCUGCUACCACUUCCCUCUGCGGGUCAGCAGCAGCCUCUUACGGGUGGACCUGUUCAACGGGCUGUUAGGGCCGGUGCAGGUCACUGCGCUGCACGUGACGCGCCUCGACAAUGUCACAGUGGCCCACAUGGGCACCACUGAUGGGCGCAUCCUGCAGGUGGAGCUGGCCAGGUCUCUCAACUACCUGCUGUACGUGUCCAACUUCUCACUGAGCAACAAUAAGCAGCCCGUGCAGCGGAAUGUCAGUCGCCUUGGGAACCACCUGUUCUUUGCUUCUGGGGACCAGGUCUUCCAGGUACCUAUCCAGGGCCCAGGCUGCCGCCACUUCCUCACCUGUGGGCGUUGCCUGCGGGCGCAGCAUUUCAUGGGCUGUGGCUGGUGUGGAGACUUCUGUGGCCGGCAGAAGGAAUGUCCUGCCUCCUGGCAGCAGGACCAUUGUGCUCCUGAGCUUACUGAGUUCUGUCCGCCCAGUGGACCCCGAGGGGGCAGCACGAGGCUGACCUUGUGUGGCUCCAACUUCUACCUGCGCCCUGAUGGUCUGGUGCCUGAGGGCACCCAUCAGGUCACCGUGGGCCAAAGUCCCUGCCGGCUGCUGCCCAAGGACAGCUCAAACUUCAGCCCAGUGUCCCGGAAGGGCUUCAUAGAAGAGCUUGAGUGUGAGCUGGAACCCUUGGGCACACAGUCAGCUGGGCCUGCCAACAUUAGCCUCACUGUCACCAACAUGCCACCGGGCAAGUACUUCCGGAUAGAAGGCACCUCCUUGCUGCAAGGCUUCUCUUUCGUGGAGCCAGUGCUGAAAGAAGUACAACCCCUCUUUGGCCCACGGGCAGGGGGCACCCACCUCACCCUUAAAGGCCAGGGCCUGUCCACAGGCACCAGCCGGGCCGUGCUGGUCAACGGGACGGAGUGUCUUCUGGAAAGCGUCAGCGAGGGGCAGCUUUUAUGUACCACGCCGCCCAGUGCAGCCUCGGCGAGCGUUCCCGUCCGCCUGCAGGUGGGGGGUGCCGAGGUGCCUGGCUCCUGGACCUUUGACUACCGGGAAAACCCCAUUGUGCUGGGCAUCAGCCCCCACUGUGGCUACACCGGCUCCCACGUCACCAUCCGUGGCCAGCACCUGACUUCAGUGUGGCGCCUAGUGCUGUCAUUCCAUGAUGGGCUUAAGGUGGUGGAGAACAGGCAGUGUGAGGGGCAGCUGCCGGAGAAGCAUCGGUGCCGCCUGCCCGAAUACGUGGUCCGAGGCCCCCAGGGGUGGGUGACAGGGAACCUGAGUGCCCGGGGGGAUGGAGCUGCCGGCUUCACACUGCCUGGCUUUCGCUUCCUGCCCCCGCCCCACCCGCCCAGCACUGACCUGGCCCCACUGAAGCCUGAGGAGCAUGCCAUUAAGUUCGAGUACAUUGGGCUAGGAGCUGUGGCUGACUGUGUGGACGUGAACGUGACCGUGGGUGGUAAGAGCUGCCAGCAUGAGCUCCGAGGGGAUGUGGUCAUUUGUCCCCUGCCCCCCUCCCUGCCACUGGGCAAGGACGGCACCCCACUGCAGGUCUGCGUGGAUGGUGAAUGUCACAUCCUGGGCAGAGUGGUGCGGCCAAGCUCAGAAGGUGUCCCACGGAGAACAGUCCUCGGUAUCCUCCUGGCCCUGGCCCUGCUUGUGGUUGUGUUGGCCGCUGCACUUGUCUUCAGCUACCGGCGGAGGAAGCAGCUGGUCAUUUCUCCAAACCUGCACGGCCCGGCAUCCUCGGACCAAAUCGCCAGAGCCACGCCUCUGCCCCUGCUCCAGCCUGGCUCCUGUCACCGAUACAGCCCUGGUGAGACAAAGGCGCCUGAAGCUGAGGCCGAGUCCUCUGCUCUGCAAGUCGCUCACUCUCCCACCUCCACAGCAGCACCUUCCGCGGGUGGUCUGGAUUCCACCCCCUGGGGCCACAGCGAGUCCUUCUCAGACAGCGGGGAUGGGGCCCGUGUCCCGCUGCUUCGGACAAAGUCCAUUCAGCUUGGGGAUCUGGACUCUGAGCUCCUGGCCGAAGUCAAGGAUGUGCUGAUUCCCCACGAGCGGGUGGUCACCCACAGUGAUCGAGUCAUUGGCAAAGGCCACUUCGGGGUUGUCUACCACGGAGAAUACACAGACGAGACCCAGACUCGAAUUCACUGUGCCGUCAAGUCACUGAGUCGCAUCACGGAGCUGCAGGAGGUGGAGGCCUUCCUGCGAGAGGGGCUGCUCAUGCGCGGUCUGCACCACCCAAAUGUGCUGGCCCUCAUUGGAAUCGUGCUGCCGCCCGAAGGACUGCCCCAUGUGCUGCUGCCCUACAUGCGCCACGGGGACCUGCUCCGGUUCAUCCGCUCGCCCCAGCGGAACCCCACCGUGAAGGACCUCAUCAGCUUCGGCCUGCAAGUGGCCCGCGGCAUGGAGUACCUGGCGGAGCAGAAGUUUGUACACAGGGACCUGGCUGCUCGGAACUGCAUGCUGGAUGAGUCUUUUACAGUCAAGGUGGCUGACUUUGGCCUGGCCCGAGGUGUCCUGGACAAGGAAUACUACAGUGUCCAACAGCACCGUCAUGCUCGCCUGCCUGUCAAAUGGAUGGCACUGGAGAGUCUGCAGACCUACAGGUUCACCAGCAAGUCCGACGUGUGGUCAUUUGGUGUGCUGCUGUGGGAGCUGCUGACACGAGGGGCCCCUCCGUACCCUCACGUCGAUCCUUUUGACCUCCCUCACUUCCUGGCCCAGGGUCGUCGCCUGCCCCAGCCUGAGUAUUGCCCAAAUUCUCUGUACGCGGUGAUGCUGCGCUGCUGGACAGCGGACCCUGCGAUGCGACCCACCUUUGGAACGCUAGCAAGAGAAGUCGAGCAAGUGGUGGCGGCUCUGUGUGGGGACCACUACGUGCAGCUGUCCGUGGCCUACGUGAACCUGGGCCUUGAUGCCCCCAAGGACGCAAACGUGCCCCCAGAACAGUCACUGUCCCCGCCUGUGCACAGGAGCCCUGGGCGGCCUCGGCCCCUCUCAGAGCCACCAAGGCCCACGUGACCUCAGCCAUAGGCAGGCCCCAAGGGGCUGGACCUGCAGAGCUACUCCUGGGAGUUAACCUCUGGGCUAUGCCACACCAAGGGGUGGCCCGACCUGCACUCUGCCCUGUCCCUUACCCUUACCCACAAGGCUGUGGGAGGGGAACAAGGCACAUUGACCCCUCACUUCACAGAGGGAGCCAGUGAGGGUGACCCUUGAUGUAAUGAAUACUUAUGGAGCUGCCGGGUGCCUGGCCUGCUGGGCACAGGGACUCAGCCAUGACCAGCCACCCGCCCAUGAACCAGUAAAUAAACA